CUACGGUAUUAUUGAGCUGCCAAUAUACCUUGGCAGAGAUCCUAACUCGAGCGCUUGACCAACCAACCUGCACCAGAGUCUGAUCGAUCUCUUCCCAGCUUCCUUCGUUGCUCAUCUACAAUCAAAGUCAACUAAGACAAACAACCACCUAUCUGUCUCCCAGGUGCCACGAAUAGUUUCGACGUCCAUGUAUCUCUUUUCCUUCCUUCUUGACCCCCUGCCUUGAAACCGUUUUGAGAGCAUCGGGCCGACUUGACCUCGCUUACCCUGCCUACCUGUACACACCGCCCAGUUCUUUGGGUUGGCUGUCGACCUCGACCGAGUCUCACCUACCUACCCUCUGCGGCUCUGCCCCGCCAUGGACCGUAUGCAACGCAGCUUCACCAAGCUGAUGAACAAAGCUCCAGGCGACAAUGCCAAAGUCGCCCUGAUUCUCAAGGAGUACGAUGAUGCCAUUCAAUUCCUUGGCAAGAUUAUUGACGGUAGCAAGGCCCUACGCGAUGCAUGGCUUUCCGUCGCCAAUUGCCAGUAUGUACUUGUCAAGGAGUACGCUGAACUCUACGAUCCUCCCGUGGGGGAGUUGGAACGGCCCACCAGACCUACUCCCGUGCUUCAAGUCAAGCGCACCUUUGGUCUCCGGGAGGCCUACAACGAGCUCAAGUCCGACCUUCUACAGGAGGUGGCGGGGAUUGACGUACAAGUCAUACGCCCUGCCACCGACGCCCUCGAGUUCAUUCAGCCCAUGCGGAAGACCAUCAAGAAGCGUGAGAACAAGCGACUGGACUACGAGAAGGCCCAGGACAAGGUCAAAAAACUUCAGAAGAAGACAAGCAGGACUACUAAGGAAGACGCCGCACUUUCCAAGGCGGAGAGUGAGAUGAAUGUCGUGUCAGAGGAGUUUCAAAUCGCCGACGACCAUCUUCGGCGAACGCUUCCCCCACUCAUUUGCUCCGUUUCUGACUUGGUUCCUUACUUGCUGGCUUCUCUCGCAACCAUCGAGAACCGACUCUUGGGUCUCUACUACACCGUUCUCCACGGCUAUUGCCAGGAUCAUGAAUUUCCCUCACCGCCUCCGCCCAUGGACCAAGUUAUAUCGCAAUGGGCAUCUCGGUUCAAGCCCGUCCAGUCGGAGACAGAGUCCAUGUCAAUCCUAGCGCGUGGUAAAGCCGUGCGCAUGCCGAUGGCAGCGAACUACGACUCGCAAAGCGGUAAUCCCGCGCCCCGGAACAGCCAGACUCGCAACACGUCGGGCUUCCUGCCUGGCUUGACGGAGAACAAUGGGACCGAACCUACCAGAAGAACAACGCGAAUUCCAUCCACCAGCUCCGCAGCUCUGUCGAAUAAGUCAGAUGCCUCGCCGCAGUCCAGCCGGCAGUCAAGCCAGUCCGCCCUGUCGCGCUCCAAAGUCGGCCUGCCGACCGAUUUCACAACUGCGACUUCACUCGGCCAAUCCCCGGGCAGCGGGCCCCUCGCUCCCGGCUAUACGCCCUCCCGAGAGCGGUCUGACUAUUUCGAGCAUCAGUCGCAGCUUGUGAUCAGCACUGUCGCGUCGCCGCAGGGCCGUAGCGCCUCCGGGGGCAUCAUGAAAAAGAAACCGCCCCCACCGCCCCCUACGAAGCGUGCACAACAGGCGCCAGUCGAAUACGUUAUCGCCGAACACAACUUUACGAGCGACCAGGAUGGCGACCUGAGUUUCAGAGAAGGUGACAGGAUCAAGAUUGUCAAGAAGACCCAAAAGCUUCAGGACUGGUGGGUGGGCGAGUUGGGUGGCGUACAGGGCAAUUUCCCUGCCAAUUAUUGCAGGCCCACGUAAAUGGGUACAGACCUAGCAAUAAGUCGAUAACAGAUUAUUCUUCCUCCAAUACCGAUAGUCUAAUAUACUUAUGUGAGGCUGCCAUGCUCCAAAGGCCACGCUAUGGCUUCAUCAAGGUCACACGAC